AUGGAGUUUAUAAAAUGUAUAAUUUUGUUUUUGAAGGAAUUCGGAGAAACCAUUGGAAGCAUAGUGGAUCCAGCAGUCGUUCCAGUUUGGAGAAAUGCGAAUCCGACAAUGGUUAGUGAAAAAAUGUCUUCUAUUCUGGCGAACUCAGAAAAAUUGGCUGGAAACGUGUUUCGACGCCGGGAUAUGGCAGACACAAAAAGCUUUUCUAUGUCUUCCACCAACGUUGAUUUCACAGUCACUUGCCUAGACGAGAUGUCACCCAAUAAAUAUUCCAGGAGUACCGAUUCCAGUAGAGUAUCUUUACCAAAAGAAGUCUUCGAGAUAAGCAGAAAAGAAAGCUAUGGUAAAUCAGUCGCUUUAUUCAACGCUCGUUACUCUUCCAUGGGACAGAUUCUGUCAUUCCAGUAUGAAAGGCCCAGCAUAAAAAAUGAUACACAGAUUAUCAACUCUGAUAUUCUAACAAGCAGCAUGGUUGGAAUUCCUGCCCAAAGAUUCAGCAGGUUGACAUCACCUAUAAUCCUGGUAUUUAAACUAAAGCCGAAAGCGCUUAGAAGAAUCACCAUUUUCUUUCUUUCUUUCUUUCUUUCUUUCUUUCUUUCUUUCUUUCUUUCUUUCUUUCGUUGUUUCUUUAUUUAUUUCGUUGUUUGUUUCUUUCUUUUCCGCUGUUUCUUUCUUUCUUUCUUUCUUUCUUUCUUUCUUUCUUUCUUUCUUUCUUUCGUUGUUUCUUUAUUUAUUUCGUUGUUUCUUUCUUUCUUUUCCGCUGUUUCUUUCUUUCUUUCUUUCUUUCUUUCUUUCUUUCUUUCUUUCUUUCGUUGUUUCUUUAUUUAUUUCGUUGUUUCUUUCUUUCUUUUCCGCUGUUUCUUUCUUUCUUUCUUUCUUUCUUUCUUUCGUUGCUUCUUUAUUUAUUUCAUUGUUUCUUUCUUUCUUUUCCGCUGUUUCUUUCUUUCUUUCUUUCUUUCUUUCUAA